CUGGGUGGUAGCCAGGAUGAGCGACAAGACCGUCGCGGAGCGGGAGCUGCUCACCUCGGGAGCCGCCGCCGCGCAGAGGAAGGGCACCUCCGUCAUCCUCGAUAUUUUCAGAAGAGCUGACAAAAAUGGCAUGCAUCUGCUGCUGCUUUCCAAGGGGGCUGAAAGCUGGGUGGUCCAGAUGUGAUCCUUUGAAUUGUCCCUACAGAGAAAUGCAGGUUUCCCUCUUUGCUGCUGAAGAUAGCAGGAGGUCAGGCACUGAUGGUCUGCUCUCAGCCACCCUGGAGAGAAGGGACUUUGCAAUAUGUUACCUGUGUGGGUUCUCAGAGGCUUUUUGUUCAGAUAAAGAGAAGAUGAUGGGAAGCUGUCCAUGGAAGAGUUCCAAGCCUUUUUUUCUGAUGGGACACUCAAUGAAGAAGAACUUGAGAAGCUCUUUCAUACCAUUGACUCAGACAACACCAAACUAUUUUGCUGACCAUAUGGGAGACUAUGAAGAUGUCUUGGCCUCACUGGAGAUGCUGAACCUCUCCAUCCUGAAGGCAAUGGACUACACCAAACGGGUGUACGAGAGUGGCAGCAAUGUGGACCAGUUUGUGACCCGCUUCCUGCUGAAGGAGACGGCUAACCAGACCCAGUCACUGCUGAGCUCUGUGGAGAGUGCCGUGGAUGCCAUUGAUGAGCAAACCAAUCCUGCCAGGCACUACCCCAGCAAGACAGGCCAUGGUCUGAUGGAGACCUGGUACGACAGCCCUGUGCCCAGCUACUCUCCCACCAGCUGGAUGGUCCCCAGGGAGCAGGGGAAGACCUUCCAGAGUGGUUCCCCUGACACCAAGGUGGAGGGCCUGGAGAGGCAGAUCAACAGGCUGGCUGAGCUGAUUGGCAAGCUGGAGGACAAGACCCUCUGGUUCGACCUGCACCAGCGGCUGUCAGACAGUGAGAGCACGGCUUGCACGUACCUCCUCCUGGUGCGGGAUGAGAUGACGGUGUCACACAAGCACCUGAGUGAGUUCUGCAGCUCCUUGAAGCAAUACCUGAAGAGCGUGGCCGGGGAGCGGGACUGCUUCCAUGUCACUGCCGUGAAGCUGCCCGAUGGGGUCACCUUCAUCGUCUAUGAGUUCUGGGAGACUGAGGAGGAUUGGAAGAGGCACCUGCAGAGUGCCACCUGCAAGGGCUUCCAGCACGUCAAGGUGGACACGCUGAGCCAGCCUGAGGCCAUCUCCAGCGUGGCUGUGCCAGCUGCCUGGUGCACCUUGAGCCGAGAGUGACCGCUGGUGCCAGCCCUGCUGUGGGGUGGCCGUGACCCCUGUGUGGGUCAGUGUGACCUGUCUGCAGUGAAGGAAACCCCAAUGUGUGUUCCCAGCACCCCAUAGAGUCCCCUCUGCCCCAGCUACCCCAUCACCUGUAUCACCUCUUUCUGGAGUGGGGUGGGCUGCGGGGGAUUUCCCCCCACAGGGUUUGGGGAGUGGCUUCCCAGUGCACAGGUGGGCAGGGAGUGGCAGCUGGUGGUAAGGAACAGGGAGUGGGAGCAGGAGGCUGAAGGCCCCCUGGGAGGUAAUCUGGGGUCCCUGCUAGUCCCCAGGGGAGUAGGCUGUGCCUGUAGGGAUAGGGACCCUUGAGGAGUGCGGGGAGGUGGUCAGGGUGGUGGUGAAGGGGGUGCCCCUUAGUCCUGUGAGGUGUGGGUAGUCCCAGGGGGUUUCCUUCAUGGUGGCAGUGGGUGCCUUGCAGAUGUGGGGAUAGAUGCCCCCCUUCCUGGGGUCUGUACUUCUGUCUGUGUGUCUGUCUGUGCAUGUGAGGAGCUCGCUGCUCAUCCUGCCCCCAGCCCACCUUGUCUGGGGGUCCUUUGGAGGGGUGUGUGGCACAGGGCCCUCACCAAUUCCCUCUCCUGUCUUUAUUAGCCUCUAUAUAAUGGGGAUGGUCAUGCCAAAUAAAAUCGUGAUGAGAUCCA